GGUUUGUUCUAAUUACAUGUCUCUCGCUCUUCAUCUGCAUCAUGCUGUACUUCCAGCUGGUGAUCAUGGCCGGGACCGUCAUGCUGGCCUACUACUUCGAGUACACCGACACCUUCAGCGUGCACGUGCAGGGCUUCUUCUGCUACGACACCACCUACACCAAACCCUACCUGGGACCGGAGGACAGCAGCGCCGUCCCGCCCGUCCUGCUCUACGCCGUGGUCGCCGGGCUGCCCACGCUGCUGAUCACGAUAACGGAGACUGUGCUGUUCCUGGUCCAGUACACAUCCAAAGAGUUCGACCGCUCAGAGAAGACGGUGGCCACCGGGGACUGCUGUUACCUCAACCCGCUGGUGCGCAGGACCUUCCGCUUCCUCGGAGUCUACACCUUCGGCCUCUUCACCGUUGACAUCUUUGUCAACGCGGGCCAGGUCGUGACAGGAAACCUCGCCCCCUACUUCCUGACGGUCUGUAAGCCAAACUACACGGCGCUGGGCUGCCAGCAGGCGCUGCGCUACAUCAGCCACCAGGAGGCGUGCACAGGAAACCAGGACGACAUCCUGCGGGCCCGUAAAACCUUCCCGUCCAAGGAGGCUGCACUCAGCGUCUACGCUGCCCUCUACCUGGCUAUGUACGUGACCUGCACGGUGCAGGCCAAGGGAACCCGUCUGGCCAAGCCGGUGCUGUCCCUGGGCCUCAUGUGUCUGGCCUUCCUCACCGGCCUGAACCGUGUGGCUGAAUACCGCAACCACUGGUCGGACGUCAUCGCCGGCUUCAUCAUCGGCACGGCCAUCGCCACGUUCCUGGUGGUGUGUGUGGUCCAUAACUUCAAAGGAAAGUUGCUGCUGAGUGAGGAGUCACCAGCGGAGCAGCGGCCCAACACCGGCAUGCUGAACAUGGGCCGAGUGGAGAGUCCUCUGGAGAAGUACAUCGCCUCACAGAAUCACAUCGCCUUCGCUGAGGUCACAUGACGUGGAGUCGGCCGUGUGGCAGACCCAUUGGACGUCCACGCUCUUCACCGUCCAAUCCAAUUAACCGGAGCACAGCGCUAAACCCAUUCUGUGUGUGUGUCUGUUCUGCGGUAUGUUGUUCUAUGUCGUCUUUAUCGGGCCCCCGUCGUCAUUCAGCUUCUUGUAUUUAAGGAAAAAAAGAAAGAGACUCAGCCGGACAGGCUGCUUCUGCCUCCUCCAUCUAUGCACUUACUCAGAAUCCCUGACAGAAUCCAAAACCCGGAGCGGACUUGUUGCACACUGG